UUCUCGAACGCUCAUCCGCUUAUUUUAGGACGAUCUAAGGCUAAAGACAUUUCAGUCUUCAAUCUUCGUCUGGCAUCCCACAACGAUAGUGCAAACAAUUUAUUUCUAUGUUUAUUGUAAAACAAAUAACUUAAUUGACGAGAAUGGCCGACGUGUGCAACUAUGAUAUAUUAAAAAAUGAAAAAUACGGUCGUUAUUUGGUCGCUAACAAAGAUUUGGAUUGUGGCGAAUUAAUUUUUACAGAUACACCAAUCGCCGUAGGCCCAAAACCAGAUACUCCACCACUGUGCUUGGGCUGUUACUGUCCCGUGGAGAGCACACUGUGCUCGCGAUGCGGCUGGCCGAUUUGCGGCAGCGAGUGUGAGAAGUCUCCGCACCACUUGCCUGAAUGUGACGUGUUCUCGCAAGCUAUUAAAGUGCGCUUUCAGCCAGUAGACGAUUGGACUGCCAGUUCCCCUCAACUUGAUUGUAUUACUCCUUUGAGAUUGUUCCUAGCCAAAGAGAAGGACCCGGAAAGAUGGAAUCGAGAUGUAGCAAUAAUGGAAACUCACACGGAGGAGCGAAAGAAGCGACCUGCUUGGGAGGCUGACCAGAACAACAUCGUCAACUACCUGAUAGACCGCUGCAAACUGGGAGAUCGGUGCUCUAGGGAAUUGUUGACACAGAUCUGUGGGAUUUUGGAGGUGAAUGCUGUGGAAAUCCCUUCGCGAGGUGGUUUCAGUAUACGCGCAGUCUAUCCUCGCCUUGCCAUCGCAGCCCACAGCUGCGUCCCUAACAUCGUUCAUAGCAUCUUUCAGAACGAUUACCAGGUGCAAAUACGAGCAGCAAUCCCCAUCAAGACUGGCGAACUUCUACACAUGAGCUACACUCACGUGUUGUCCCCUACCAUCGUGCGUCGGGAACACCUCUUGGAGUCAAAGUUCUUCUGUUGCGACUGUCCACGAUGCGCCGACCCCACUGAACUCGGCACUCAUUUGAGCACUCUCAAGUGUACCAAAUGUGACAAUGGGGUUAUACUUUCAAGCAAUCCUUUGGAUAGCGAUGCAUCCUGGAACUGUACGGACAAGAAAUGUGAGUUCAAGACAUCCGGCGCUGCGAUGCGCAAGAUGUUAGGUGUGGUGCAGGCCGAGCUGGACCAGCUGGACGCGCUGGAGCCCGGCCCACAGGCGAUAGAGAUGCGGGAGGCCACGCUCCACAAGUACAAAUCCGUGUUUCAUCCGAGUCACGCCAUAUUGCUGUCCAUAAAGCACGCAUUGGCGCAACUGUACGGGCGCGUGGAGGAGUACAGCAUUGACGAGUUGCCGGACCUCGUGCUGGAACGGAAAGCGGAGUUCUGCCGGUUGGUGCUGAAGACCCUCGAUGUCAUAUCGCCGGGAGACAGCAGAAUGCGAGGAAUGAUGCUAUACGAACUCCACGCUCCGCUAAUGUACCUGGCAAGGAGCGAGUUUAGCGCCGGUCUCAUCACCCAAGACAAGCUGAAGGAUCGUCUGCAGGAGCCCAUACAAUGUUUGUCCGAAGCGGCUCGCAUACUGCGCCGAGAAGACCCAAUAAGCCCUGAGGGCAUCACUGGCAACAUUGCCUACCAAUCCAUGGAACAACUGAAAGCUAGUCUUGAAUCUUUGUAGAGCCAAUUUUUUUUAAAUCUUUUAUUUAGAACCUUUUCUUGUUUAUGAUUUGCGAUUGUAUUCAAAAUAAAGUGUAUCUACAAUUC